CGCUCACAACACCAUAGAGAUCUACAGCAAAGGAGAAGGAGAAGGCCGCCUGGACCACUGUUUACCUGUCUGUUCCCGAGCCCUCGGUAGUUUUGGAUUUCCAUGAACAUUUCUGGCCUUUGAUCUUCAAACAAGUGUGUUUCACUCGUGAAGAUCUUGUAAUAUGUUACCUCAAAGAAAACCACUGCCACUGAAACUUUUACACUCUCUUCUCUUCAACCCCAAACAUGCAAGUGCAAAUUGGAACACAAGACAUCUCAGCAACACAGCCCCUCCACAAAGACGAGUUGUCAUCACUGGGCUCGGUUUGAUAUCUCCCCUCGGAGUCGGCACUCAGCUUACAUGGAAUCGAAUCCUGAAAGGGGACGUGGGCAUUGAGGCUCUGGAGGGAGCGGAAUAUGAAGAGAUGCCAUGCAGGGUAGCUGCCUUGGUGCCUCGCGGUGUUGGGGAAGGAGAAUUCAAUGAAUAUUCAUUUGUCUCAAAAUCUGAAGCAAAGUCCAUGUCAGACUCCACAAUAAUGGGAAUAGCAGCGGCAGAACUUGCCCUCAGAGAUGCUGGCUGGUGGCCGCAAUCUGAGAGGGAGCAGUGUGUCACUGGCGUAGCUAUUGGCAUGGGUAUGGUUCCCCUCGAGGUGGUUGGUGAUGCUGCUGUGCUCCUCAAAACAAAGGGAUAUAAAAAAGUGAGCCCAUUUUUUGUUCCCAAGAUACUUAUUAAUAUGGCAGCUGGACACAUCAGUAUCAAGUAUAAACUCAAAGGGCCAAACCAUGCUGUUUCGACAGCCUGCACGACAGGGGCACACGCUGUCGGUGAUGCUUCAAGAUUUAUCCUUCACGGAGAUGCUGAGGUAAUGCUGGCUGGAGGAACGGAGGCUUCUGUCAGCCCGUUGUCCCUGGCCGGUUUUGCCAGAGCACGCUCGCUCUCAACCAGCUUCAACGCUAAUCCCAAAUUGGCUUCACGGCCCUUCCACUCUGAGAGAGAAGGUUUUGUGAUGGGAGAGGGGGCAUCAGUGCUGGUCCUAGAAGAAUACAAGCAUGCUCUGGAGAGAGGCGCACAAAUCUAUGCAGAAAUACUGGGUUAUGGGCUCUCUGGGGAUGCCGGACAUAUCACAGCUCCCAGCCCCAAUGGGGACGGAGCAUUCAGGUCCAUGUCUGCUGCGAUUAAAGAUGCUGGGCUAAAGCCCGAGGAUGUGACCUACAUCAAUGCACAUGCCACGUCCACACCACUAGGGGAUGCAGCGGAGAACCAAGCUAUCAAGAGAUUAUUUGAAGGACAUUUGCACUCCCUUGCUGUAUCUUCCACAAAAGGAGCGACUGGCCACCUGCUGGGGGCAGCUGGAGCCAUGGAGGCUGCCUUCACCGCUUUGGCCUGCUUUCAUGGGCUGUUGCCUCCCACUGUGAACCUCAACAGCACAGACCCGAACUUUGACUUGAAUUAUGUCCCCAUUACAGCCCAGGAGUGGAAAACUUCAAGAAGACGUAUUGCACUAACCAAUUCAUUUGGAUUCGGAGGAACAAACGCAACACUCUGUUUGGGAAGUGUAUAAAUUGUAGCAUUAUUAAAAUAAUGCCAAGUUCAGACUUGCAUCACCAGGCCAUCCGUUUAGACAGGUGGAAUGACAUGACACCUGGAACAGCAUGAAUUACCAAACAGGUUCCAGUAGCAAAAGUGUCCCAGUAUAGCAGGUGCCUGACUGGCACAAGCACAGAGUAUGUUUGUGCUACUGAUCAGGACUGAAUGAGGCCAAACCUGCUUAAUAUCAUUAAUUUGCUUAUCUUUGAAAACUAGAGGCCUAAUGAAGACAAUUUUGUGUUAAAAUUUAAGAUUAACAAUGAUUGUGAAAAAUCCUUAAUUUCAAUUCAUAAAAAAAGGCUUCCAAAUUAAAACUGAGUUUUAGAAUUGUUUCACAAUUCUGCACAAUCUUAAAUUUUAGGACAAAAUCAUCCUGCGGGUUCACAAUAGUUAGAAUUUCAGCCUGAAUCAGGGAGCUAAGAUGGCAAAAGAUGAUUUUCAUGCUUUCUGGUCAAUAAAAGAGCAAAGACUUGAGGGGCAAA